ACGCAAUGCGGAAGUAAUUUAACCAAGAUGGCUGCGUCCUUCACAGGCAUGAUUUGGUUUCACUGAAGUGUCAGAUAAUGUGUAGCAGUUGCAUUUUUAAGAGCUAAAAGACCGCAAGGGCAGCUUUGAGAGCGGAAACAUGGAGAGGCGAGAGUUCGUGGCGUCUCUGGUGGCAGGUGGCUGUGCGGGGAUGUGUGUGGAUCUGACCCUGUUUCCACUCGACACAAUAAAGACCAGACUUCAGAGUCAGCAGGGCUUUUACAAGGCUGGAGGCUUUAGGGGCAUCUACGCCGGAGUCCCAUCUGCUGCUGUCGGCUCCUUCCCCAAUGCCGCUGCUUUCUUCGUCACCUACGAAUACACAAAGGCCCUUCUCGGCACCGGUGGAGUGUUUGCAUUACCACAUGUGGCACCUGUCACUCACAUGCUGGCCGCCUCCCUGGGAGAAGUAGUGGCGUGUCUGAUCCGGGUACCCACAGAGGUGGUCAAACAGAGGGCCCAAGCUUCCCUCUCAUCCUCUACCUACAACAUACUGCUGGCUACUCUUAGAGAAGAGGGGGUUCGAGGCUUGUACAGAGGAUAUGGCAGUACGGUUCUCAGAGAGAUCCCAUUCUCUCUGGUUCAGUUUCCGCUUUGGGAGUAUUUAAAGACUCUGUGGUCGUCGAGGCAAGGUCACACGCUCUACUCUUGGCAGUCAGCAGUGUGCGGAGCUGUUGCAGGUGCAGUAGCCGCGUUUGUUACCACUCCUCUUGACGUGGCAAAGACCAGGAUCAUGCUCGCAAAGGCCGGCUCAACCACAGCGAGCGGCAACAUCCCACUGGUGCUCUACGAUGUGUGGAGGAGUAGGGGCAUUGCAGGUCUGUUUGCUGGCAGCAUACCGAGGAUGACCUUCAUCAGCGUGGGCGGUUUCAUCUUCCUCGGAGCCUAUGAGAAGGUCCGCCGCACUUUGCUAUAGCAGCACGACCUGUGACUGUCCUGAGUCCUGACCUGAUGGAGAGAACCAGAACAGCAGGGAAAUCGUCUCUGGAAAUGGAGGAUCCAGCAUCCUGCUGAGUCCUUUGAAAUGAGGCGGAGAGGAGACGCUCACGGGGAUGACUGCAUUACCCAGAGUGCCACAUUCAUACUUAUUGAUUAGGCACUCAAAACACCACAGAAUUUUUUGAAAUGAAGCAACACUGUAUCACCUAGGACAACGCAGUCAUUGUAGUCGGCAGUGACUGGGACCAUUUAUGUUUCACGUGUUUGUGAGAGAAUGAGUUAUGUGAUUAAAAACGGUCUUUGUAUCUUUCGAGUGAGGUUUGGGGCUUUCUUUGACUCUCUGGAACUCUGCAUAGUUUAAUGAUCAUUUUAGCGUUUUCUCCUCUCUAUUGGACUAAGCCACCUGCUUUAAAGACCCACCAGAGAGACACAGCACUAUCUCACCAUUGUUACAAUCCUGCUGCAGCAAAGCUGACCUCAUCCACAUGCAAAAGCCUUUUUUUUUGUCCUUUUUUUCUUGUAGAAUCCCAGAACAGUAGAAGCCUUUUAUUAACAAAAUCACACACUUUGUCAUCUCCGGCUCUUCAGAUCUUUUAUUUAUGAAUAGAUCAGAUUUUUGAUUCGGCCACUGCUUAAGCGUUUUGCUGUCUCUCUUAUAGGUUUGUGUAAGGCUUUUUUUUUUUUUUUAACCUUUUGUUGACCUCCUUCACUAGUAUCAGUGUCUCUUUGGAACUCAAAUGAAGUUCGACUGAACAGCAACCAAACACUCCAGAUCUGUUAUCUGCUUAUUUUGUAAAGAGAGAAAGAAGGAAUGGGCUUCAUGGGCUAGAAACCUGCUUAUAAACCAGUUGACUUGUUGAGUUUCUGAAAACGGGGUAGUUUGCAUAAAAAAUGGCUGCUUCUCUGAAAUUUUGCACUUGCUUAACAUCCCCAUGUUUUGAUGUCAAGUGCUGCACAUUAGCGGUGCUGAUAGGCAGUUAUAGAAAGCCAUGCUAGCUUUUCCUCUUAUGGCAGUUGUAUGUUGUGGGACGCUCUGAGCAACUGCAUUCUCCACGAUGUACAAACAUUCAAGUCAAACAGAAUUAGAGUAAGUGAUCGACCUGAUUAGAAGUCAUGAAACUGGUAAACAUGCUGAUUUUAACUUUUUUUUUUAAAGAUGUGUAUCUUGGUGGCUAUGUAAAUCACUUGUGCUCUGAUACACUCACUGAAGGGAUCAGCACACCAGAUUUCACAAAGAAGCUUCAUUUUCUGCUCUUUCAUUUAAGCAGAUGGUUUUGAUUUUGUUUGCUGAGGUUGUGUGAUAUCAGCGGUCCAGUCCCACAGCUGAACCGAUCUGCAUGACUGGAUCAAGCAGAGGUAAGGCCGUGCACAUUUUUACUCCGGCUUUGAUCUUGUUUAUUGGAGCAGCGGUUUCCAACUCCUGGACCACAGAAGUGUUGCGCGACCUGGCCACGAGGACGAGAUAUAAGAAAAGUUUGGAAAUGAAUGAGAGAAUCUCUGAGUUUAAUUUAAAUUGUUGCGUGAUGUGAUUUCCAGUGUGGCCUUUCUAAAUUUUACAAGUAUUCAUGCACCCCCUCCCUGCUCCUCAGGCUUUUAAAGGAAGAGGACAACUUAAUAAAAAAUGCUCCAAUACAUCUUAUUGAAGGAUUAUUUAGCUGGCAUAUGGAAGAACAGUUAGGUAUCAGUGCGUUUUCAGUGAAUUAGCUCCUCUCAUCUGUCAGCAGCCGGUCUGGAAAGUAAAACUGCACGAGAAGACAAAUGUCCUCACAGGUGGGACUGUUUGUCAUGCUGCUUGUCACUAGGCUGUAGCACAACAAUGGUCGGAGUGUGAUUGGUGGAGGCCGCGGCCAGGGGCACGUCAAUCAUCUGGUGACAAACGUCCAUCUGGAAUGCACAUCCUGACCUUCAGUCAGACUCGACUCAAUAGCAAAUAUUUUUAACAGCCCGCAGAAGGGAAAAAAAAAGCCUGCUGUCUUUGCAGCUCCAAGGAGCCAAGAGACAUUCCUGGUUGGAAGAUUAGCUUUCUCUCUGUGUGUGUGUGUGUGUGUGUGUGUGUGUGUGUGUGUGUGUGUGUGUCUACUUGACUACUUUGAAGAUCAAGGACUCUGGAUUUCAUGUCUUUGUGCAUGCUCCAUUUGAAUUGAUGGCUUCUCCAUAACCGCUGUGACAGGAGAGCAGCGUUAAAUGCUAACUCAGCUGUUUGUGAUAUUGUCGAAACAUCCUUCCUAUGUGUGUGGGUUUUUUUUUAUGAGCAAGAAAACAGGCCCAACACUUGUAAUAAUAGCAAAAUGGGAUUUUUAUUAGACACUUCAAUGCCAUGUUAGACACUUCACUGUUUUAACUUUGACAUUGGGACAACGGUUUCAGACAGUCUGCAUCAAUAAAUUACUCAGGAUAUGAACUGCACCCUCGCUCCUUCGAGUCCCUUUUACCUACUACACGGGGGUUGCUUUCCCAAAGGCCAAAAAACAAAGAAGAGGAGGAAAAAAAAAACAUACUCUCUGAUUGGUCUUGCUGGUAAAAAUCACCUCAGUAAGUGCUAUCAGGUGUAACCAGAGGAGCAUGUCCUCCAGCUUACCUUGAUAAGGCCACUGGUGUAUUCAUGUUGAAUGGUACCAAAGUAUUCAGGGACUGUGACAGUUCACCCCCCAAAGUUUGGUUACAGCACUUUUCACAAGCCUCCCUAACUGUUCACAGGAGUGAGCUGCACCUUUAUCCACCUCAGGCAUGAAUCGUUAUUACUGAACUGCAGUGAUUCAGGUGGAGUACUGGCCAUCUUUUGCUCCCAAAUGCACCACCCCGUACCCCAGCUUCCCCCCCCCCGGAUGUCGACCCAUAUUACAGCAGUAACUGAAUGACACAACAUCACAAUGCAUCUUUUGCUAAUUCCAUAGCAUUCAGAUUUUAUUAUUAAAAAGAAGAGAAAAAAAACAGUUGGGCAGCCGGCCAAUUAAACGUCCAAAAAUUGCAGCUUCGGUUAUGAAUGUGGGCCGUAACUCAUGACAGGUGUCACGCAGUUGCACUGAGACAUUAUUACUGGCUUUUGCAGCUUCCAAGCAACAGCUGUUAGCUGUUAGCAGCCACAUGUGGUUGCAGAAUUGUACCAAAGUCACUUUCUGGGACAAAUAAAAAAAAAAAAAAAAAUCGAACUUAAAGAGGACCUAUUAUGCUUAUUGCAGACCUCACUCUCUCUCGAGAUCGAUCGAUCUAAUUUUGUAAAGAAUUAUUGGCAUUGACUUGAGCAGCUUUGCACGAUUCACAGUUCAAAACAAUUAUUUAGGUUUGUACACUGAGCCUAAGUGCAGCCCCCUCAAAUCAUCCUCUGGCAAACAGAGUGUCUGAACAGCAGGUGGGUGAAAACCGAGCGGUCUGAAGCCUGAGCUUUGGGCUCACAGGGAUUACUUCUACAUGCACUGACCUCGUUAUGUGAAAACUUUGGCUAUGUUUAAUAUGAGCAACCAACACUGUAACAGUUUCCACGUACAUCUGCAUAUGAAAAGGAAAUACCAAAAAGCAUAAUAAGUCCUCUUUAAAACACGUGAAGCAUUCAUCCCAACCCGAUGAGAGCGGCUUUGCAGUAAACGUGUAGUGUUGUGAAACAGGUGGAAGAGCCUUAUGGGUACAGUAUGUACUGUUGACUUUAGUGCGUCGAGAUAUGCGGAACGUCUCCUCAGAGAGGAGGCUCCUGCAUUCCUGCCGGUGGAUCGUGUACACACAGUCUGCAUGUUUGUGAAGUGAAGAAAAAAGUGCUUUAACUGAUAUCCCACCACUCGCACCAACAUCUAACGUACCUAAAUAAUCAGCAUCCGAGCUCUUCCUUCAUACAAAAACGGUGGUGCGAGCUGUUUCCGUAAGGCCAUAGCUGGCAAAAAAAAAAAAAAGUGUAAAACAUUCAAGUGCGAUCAA